AUGUCGCGGUUCUGUUCCAUGCGCUCGACAUGUGCGCAGUAUCCUAACACGCAGCCGCAAACUCUCGAUGACUUGAACGUGGAUGCUCAGGACAUUGAUGAAUGCUUCUCACUGUUCUUCGACAAAUACCUGCCCUAUCUGCCAAUUUACCAAAAGAAACUGCGGCCCAAUGAAUGCCACAACAGCUCUAGGUUUCUUUUCUGGACAAUUGUGGCCAUUGGUGCGCGGAAGUACUCGAAAGAUCCCACCUUGAUCCUCCUAUUGGCUCCCAAGGUGAUGGAAGCGGCCAAGACAGCAAUAUUCUGCCAGGACAAGAUUCUGGCCACCAUACAGGCUCUCAUCUUGCUCUGCACUUGGCAGAUGCCGAUAAAUACUCUACAAAAGGAUACGACUCCAACCCUUGCCGGCGCCAUGAUACAACUAGCUAGCAACAUUGGCCUUCACGUCUAUGGGACUGUGCAAGACUUCUCCAGGGUUCCUCUCAAAUAUGAUCGCCAACACCGGGAUUUCAGGACAAAACUAUGGGCGCUAUGCUUGUUGACUUGCCAAAGGGUCAAUAAUUACCGAGGUUUGCCCCCGCUAGUCAUGUCCGACACGUAUUCUCAUGAGGGCUACAAGGAGGAUCCACUGACCGCAUUGCCUCCUUCACUUGUCUUUCAACGAAGGCUGAGCCAGCUGCAUAGCGAGGCAAUCCUUGAGAUCGAACACGUCGCUCUCUCUCAGACACCGGAGGUUCGCAACGUGACCCUGGGUCCGACCGUCAACAAUGUUCUUUCAAAGCUGAGCACAUUGGCAGUGGAUUGUCCUUCGAAAAUUGAUCGCUAUCUUCUUCUCAGUGCCCGGGCACUACUCUCAACAAACCGCCUGAUCGCGCCGUCAUCGUACAUUGACAGUGCGGAUCUAAUCACGUUGUACACUGAUGCGUGCACCCUAAUCGAGCUUACGAACGAAUUAGAUGAGGAGGAGCAAUUUGCCGAGUUCGGUCCAAGUGCAUCACAGUCGGUUUUGACCCACGCCGCCCUCAUAGUGUUACGGGUCGGGAGGUCUCACAUUGCUGGUUCCCUAGACGAAAAGCGAGGACGCAAAUGCUACUUCACUGCGAUUCAGUUGAGCAAAAAACACAGCGUGAGGUCGGAUGACAUUUCAGCCCGCGUAACAAUCAUCUUGUCGCAACUAUGGACCAGCAAAAUGGUCAUCACACAGCCGGACGGCACCCCGGAUAGUCUUUGGCUGCGCUGCCGGAACAGACUCGGGCUGAGCUUGUCCUUUGACAGCCUCUGGCUCUGGCGACAGGAGUUUGGAGGCCACCCAAAUCCAUACGACGGUGUCGAAGUACCGGCAAACCCUUUUCAGGCAUCUCUCCAGGAAUGGACUCCACUAGUCUCAUGA